GCCGGAUUGAGUCACUCCACGACGCCUUUUAGCAACAUGUGGCCUUAAUACCCUCACUCGUAACCAAUUGCACGGAUUGACUCUCUCCCCUUCAAUUGAUACUGGAUUGCCGCCUUCAGUGCCUCCUCCCCCUCGGAGUUCGCACCAGACCCCGCCAACAUGGCCACGAACGGAGCCCCAGCCGAGCCUACUAAGGUCAAGAUCUUGGGCAAGGACUCAAUUGUAGUAGACUACGGGCUAUGGCGGAGCUACGUUGCUCGAGACCUCCUCACCAACAUCCCCUCUUCAACCUACGUGCUCAUCACAGACACAAACAUCGGCCCACUUUACAUACCCUCCUUCGAGAAGAGCUUCAAUCGAGAAGCUUCCGUGCUUUCGUCCGCUCCACGGCUUCUCACGUACCAGAUACCGCCCGGCGAGAAUUCAAAAUCGCGAUCCACAAAAGGCGUAGUAGAGGAUUGGCUGCUGUCGCAAGGAUGCACAAGGGACACUGUCAUAAUAGCGUUGGGCGGAGGCGUAAUCGGGGACAUGAUUGGCUUUGUAGCCGCGACGUAUAUGCGCGGGAUCAAGUUCGUGCAGGUGCCGACGACGCUGCUGGCUAUGGUCGACUCGUCGAUUGGCGGAAAGACGGCGAUUGACACACCAGCGGGCAAAAACCUUGUUGGAGCGUUCUGGCAGCCGGAGAGGAUAUUCAUUGAUCUACAAUUCUUGGAGUCGCUGCCUAAGAGGGAGAUCAUAAAUGGUAUGGCUGAAGUAGUCAAGACCGCAGCCAUUUGGGACGAGGACGAGUUCACCGCGCUCGAGGGCAACGCCGAGACGAUACUUCAUGCGAUCGAAGAGAAGCAGGUAGGCGGCCGACGCGACUUCACCAACAUAGCUUCAAUUUUGAAGCGCAUAGUGCUCGGGUCAGCGCGAGUCAAGGCUGAGGUAGUGUCAGCGGACGAGCGAGAAGGCGGCCUACGCAACCUACUGAAUUUUGGACAUUCGAUCGGCCAUGCCAUAGAGGCCAUACUGACUCCUCAGAUUCUGCACGGGGAAUGCGUAGCAAUAGGCAUGGUUAAAGAGGCGGAACUGGCGAGAUACCUGGGAGUGCUGGAUCCGUCCGCUGUAGCUCGCUUGAGCAAGUGCAUCGCGAGCUAUGGUCUGCCGACAUCGCUGGCAGACAAGACCGUACGAAAAAGGUCCGCGCACAAGCAUUGUCCCGUUAACGAGCUCAUCCAAAUUAUGGCCGUCGACAAGAAGAAUGCGGGUAAGCAGAAGAAGAUCGUCCUUCUCUCGGGGAUCGGGAGAACAUACGAGAAGAAGGCGAGCUCAGUCGCGGACCGGGACAUCAAGAUCGUUCUCUCGCCCAGCAUAUCAGUUCACCCCGGGAUCCCGUCAGAUUCUAAUGUUACCUGCACGCCUCCUGGGUCGAAAAGUAUCUCAAAUCGAGUGCUAGUUCUGGCAGCGCUUGGUUCCGGGUCAUGCCGAAUCAGCAAUCUGCUACAUUCAGAUGACACGCAAGUCAUGUUGGACGCACUGGCUAGAAUGCAGGCAGCGACCUUCUCGUGGGAGAACGACGGAAAAGAAUUGGUUGUCACCGGAAAUGGAGGGAACCUGAAGGCCACCGAUGACGAGCUCUAUCUAGGCAACGCAGGAACGGCAUCCCGCUUCUUAACCUCCGUAGCUGCUCUAGCAAGCCGCUCAGAAGACAUCACAUCAACAGUUUUGACGGGCAAUGCGCGGAUGAAGGAGCGGCCGAUUGCGCCACUCGUCAAGUCCCUCCGAUCAAUGGGCAUUGAUGUUCAUUACAAAGAAAAAGAGGGAAGCUUGCCCUUGCGGAUAUCGGCUUGUGGCGGCUUUGGAGCUGGCUCUGGUGAGCGCGAAUUUACCGGUGACAUCGAGCUUGCAGCAACCGUAUCCUCGCAAUAUGUGUCUUCUAUCCUUAUGUGCGCACCGUACUCGAAGAAGCCGGUCACCCUUCGUCUCGUGGGCGGUAAGCCCAUCUCGCAGCCCUACAUCGACAUGACCAUCGCCAUGAUGGCUAUGUUCGGUGUGCAGGUUGAGGAGUCACAGUCUGAACCCAACACCUACCACAUCCCGAGCAAGCCGUACACCAACCCAGCCGAAUACAUCGUAGAGAGCGAUGCUAGCUCAGCCACUUACCCGUUAGCUAUUGCAGCCAUUACGGGAACGACAUGCACGGUACCGAACAUCGGCUCUGCAUCCCUCCAAGGAGACGCACGCUUUGCAAUUGAGGUCUUGAAGCCGAUGGGCUGCAAGGUUGAGCAGACACAGACCUCCACGACCGUAACAGGGCCUCGGAGAGGUAGUCUCAAAGCUGUCAAAGAGGUUGACAUGGAGCCGAUGACAGAUGCUUUCCUCACGGCAUCCGUGCUCGCUGCGGUAGCUUCCUCGAACGGCUCCACCACGACCACACGGAUAUAUGGCAUCGCUAACCAGCGUGUGAAAGAGUGCAACCGCAUACAAGCUAUGGAAGAUGAGCUUGCUAAGUUCGGUGUCACAUGUCGGCAAUUCGAUGAUGGAAUUGAGGUUGACGGUCGAGGCUAUCAGCUAGAUGCGCGCAAAGAUGGAAUUCACUGCUACGAUGACCACCGUGUGGCAAUGAGCUUCGCAGUUCUCGCUCUCGUCGCACCAGAACCAGUACUGAUCCUUGAAAAGGACUGCACAGGGAAAACUUGGCCGGGUUACUGGGACAAUCUCCAUCAGCUAUUCAAGGUUAACCUUGGUGGCGUUGAGCCACCGCUUGUUCGGCAGAUUACCCAUCACGGUCUCAAGACGCGGGAAAAGUCCAUUUUCAUCAUCGGUAUGCGAGGCGCCGGUAAGACCACCGCAGGCGGCUGGGCAGCUCGCAUCCUAGGGUGGCCUCUAGUCGAUCUCGAUACAGCGCUGGAAGAACAUCUCAGCAUGACCAUACCAGAAAUCAUCAGAACCAAGGGCUGGGAUGCCUUCCGUGCCGAGGAAUUGGAGCUUUUGCACAAGACCAUGAAAGAGCGACCGACUGGGCACAUCUUCGCGUGCGGUGGCGGAAUCGUCGAAAUCCCAAAGGCGCGCAAGGUCUUCAAAGACUACCAGGAGGACGGUGGCAUUGUGCUGCUCGUUUCCCGAGAUAUCGCGAAGGUCAUGAGCUUCCUCCAGGUCGACAAGACGCGGCCUGCUUACGUCGAGGACAUGAUGGGUGUGUGGCUCCGUCGGAAACCGUGGUACUUGGAAUGCAGCAACUACCAAUUCCAUAGUCAGAGCGUUGACUCCGUCGGUCUGGCAACUACGCUUCAAGACUUUGAGCGGUUCCUGGAUCUCAUCUCCGGAAAGAGUGCGGCGCUUCAGACGCUAAAGCAGAAGAAGCAGUCGUUCUUCGUUUGCCUAUCAGCGCCUCAGAUACUCCCAUGGGUCGAGAAGCUCCCGGAAAUUAUAGUGGGUGCCGAUGCUGUAGAGCUGCGAGUCGACCUGUUGGAAGAUCCAAAGUCACCCGAAAUGCCCUCUCCUGAGUUCGUAACUGACCAGCUGGCUCUUCUGCGGACCGUGGUAACGAUUCCGGUAAUAUUUACACUACGGACGAAAGCACAAGGCGGCAGAUUCCCGGAUGAUGCUUAUAACGAAGCUCAGCAACUCUACCGUACGGCUCUGCGGUUAGGUGUCGAGUUUAUUGAUCUAGAGAUGACGAUGCCCGAAGAGAUCCUCCGCGAAGUUUCGGAGAAUAGAGGCUUCACGAACAUCAUCGCUUCUCACCAUGACCCACAAGGACAACUCUCAUGGAGCAACGGAUCGUGGAUACCAUUCUACAAUCGCGCUCUCCAGUACGGAAACGUGAUCAAGCUCGUCGGCAUGGCAAAGACGCUGCAGGACAAUUUCGCGCUCGCAGAAUUCAAAGCUUGGGCUGAGAGCUCGCAUCCUAUUCCUGUCAUCGCUAUCAACAUGGGCGAACACGGCAAGCUCAGCAGGAUUCUCAACAACUUCAUGACGCCAGUCGCGCAUCCUUUGCUCCCUUCUGCCACUGCACCCGGUCAGCUCUCCGCCACUGAUAUCCGCCGAGGCCUCGCACUGAUUGGCGAGAUUCAACCUAAGAAGUUCUGCAUCGUCGGGAGCCCGGUCCAGCAAAGUCGCUCGCCACCUAUGCAUAACACCUUGUUCCGAGAGACAGGACUUCCGCACUCUUAUGGGCUCUACGAAACGACGGAUGUUAAUGACAUAAAAGGCAUCCUUCGCUCCCCAGAUUUUGGCGGCGCGUCUGUUACCAUUCCGCUGAAGCAGGUUGUUCGACCCCUGCUCGACAGUGUAGGCCAAGAAGUCGACGCCAUUGGCGCGCUUAACACUAUCGUUCCCGAAGCCCAAGUGGACGUUGCAACCGGCCAAGAAGUCACCAAGCUCGUCGGUCGCAACACAGACUACCUCGGCAUGGUCCUCGUACUCCGCAACGCUGGCGCCCAAGGAAGCGCAGGCCUGCAAUCCGGUCUCGUUAUCGGCGGUGGCGGCACCUCCCGCGCAGCCAUCUUCGCGCUCCACGAGAUGCAAUACUCACCCAUCUAUAUCCUCGGCAGGAACGUCGAGAAAAUGGAAAAGCUAGCCCAAGACUUCCCCGCCACCUACGACAUCCGCGUUAUCCCUUCUCAGUCCUACAUCGCGAACCUCGAAAAGAUACCCACCUUGGCGAUCGGCACCAUCCCCGCGGACCAGCCCAUCGAUUCUUCUAUCCGCGAAACUCUUUGUGCGCUCUUCGAGAAAGCGAAGGACGAAGAGAAAGAGAGGAAGGAGGGUGGUGAGGUGCCUAUUGGUAGUUUGCCGGCGGAUGGAAAGAGGAUAUUACUAGAGAUGGCGUAUAAGCCGCCGGUUACGCCACUGAUUCGUAUGGCAAUGGAUGCUGGUUGGAAGACGGUGAAUGGGUUGGAGGUCCUGGUAGGCCAGGGCGUGUGGCAGUUUGAGUAUUGGACAGGGAUCAAGCCGCUGUAUCGGAUCGCUAGGGAUGCGGUUAUGGGCGCGUAAGGGAAUUAGAGUCAGCGAGUUGUAUAGUGUGCCUGUCUGAGAAUAGGGUCUGAUGUUUCUGGUCUCUGAAAAGGUAGACAAAAUCCGCGGUAAGGUUAGACAAACAAUCUUCCUCAUGUCCUACUCUGUGACGUAGGCUUCUACAACAUUCUACUCCGGCUUGUGACGACCAGCGCUUCCUACGGUCUUCCACCCUUUGCCAGAGACAUCUAGU